GCCGAAAGGUUCGGGGAUGGAGGCCGCCGCCGACGAGGAGCAGGAGGGGCUCUCCGCGCAGUCGCCGGCGCAGGCGCCCCCAUCAUCAGCUUCUUCUCUUCCCAAGGAGCAAUCGCAGGUGGAGUUGGAGCUGAGGCUGCUCCAGGCUCUCGAGUUCUACCCUCCGUCAAAACUGAAAGGCAUUCAUCGUCACUUUGUUCUGUAUGGCCUCAUGGAGCACUUGAGAAAAAGCCUGGACAGACAGUUCUCUGCCGACGAAGUUCUGCAGCUGCUGGACCGCUUCUUCAACCUGGAAAUGCUGAAGCCGGAUGACGAGGAGAAGGAUAAUUUCAGCCAGGCGGAGGAAUUCGCCUUGCCAGACAGCUUCCUCAAGAAGGAAGAAUGAUCACAAGUAGCCCCCGCAGGUAGUACGUAGAAGAGAAGGAUGCGUCGGCUUCAGUCUGACCGCGACUUGUUUGUAGUUCUUGCCCCCGGCCAUCUUGCGCUGGAGGGCG